AUGGCGUCUGUCCAGCAGUCUGCCAAUAUGCCGCAGCAGAACAUCGGCCUGCCGCCAAACCUCACUCCCCAGCACAUCCAGGAGGUUUACCAGGAGAAAAUAUAUGAUACUGACCUGUUGAAGAAAUUCCGGCAGAUGCAAGAACAAGGUGUGCGCCAUGAUGACCCGGAAUACCUUAAAGCUCACAAUCUGCUGUCUGCCGUCCAGCGGCAACAGGCGUACCAGAAGCAGCGCCAGAUGCAGAUGCUUCAUGCGCAGAGACAGCAGCAGCAACCUCAACCGCCUCAGCAGGUCCCCCAAGCUGCUCCCCAGGCUCCCCAGCAGCUGCAAGGGCCGCUAAAUGGCAUUGCUGAUUCCAAUGGAACUGAUGCAAAUUCUGCCGUCCCAAGUGCUAGCACCCCGAGUCAGAAAGGCGCCUCUCAAGGAUCGCAAAGCUUCACGCCAGAACAGCUGGCAACCUUGAGGAAUCAGAUACUGGCCUUCAAGAUGCUCUCCAAGAAUCUGGCUAUCCCCCAGCGCGUCCAGCAGCAGCUCUUUGCAAAGAAGGCAACAGGUGUUGACGGCGUUCUCAGCUCUGAUCAGUCAGUAGAUGGCACUGGUCGCGAUGUAUCUGGCGAGAGUGAAGCCGCUGUCGAGAAGCUCAGAACCAUGUUCGAGACCUUCAAGAACCCCUAUGACAUCCUCGGCGCGACUAUUAAUUACAAUGACCAUGCCGUGCGCCGGAAUCGGCUGAGGCUGCCUUGCAUAACUCCCAUGGGUAUCGAUCUCGACAAGGUCCGCGAAGACCGGGAAAUGAUCCUGUACAACCGUAUUAAUGCUCGAAAGGCAGAAUUGGCCAAAUUGCCUGCCAAUCUUGGUGUCUGGGACAGUGGUGAAGGAGAUUCACCCACAGCUGAUGACUCCCUCAAGCUCAAGGCCCUGAUUGAGUACAAGAUGCUCAACCUCCUCCCUAAACAACGCGCGUUCCGUAGGCAGAUCCAGAACGAGAUGAUGCACUUCGACUACCUUGCCAUGUCUGCCAAUCGACCGGCUCAUCGUCGCAUGAAGAAACAGUCCCUGCGUGAAGCCAGAGUUACCGAGAAGCUCGAGAAGCAGCAGCGCGAUGCCCGUGAGACCAAGGAGAAACAGAAGCAGUAUAACCAGCUACAGGCUAUCCUUAACCACGGUGCUGAUGUGCGCAAUGCUGGAACAGAGCAGCGUGGCCGUAUACAGAAACUUGGUCGUCUGAUGAUGGCUCAUCACACUCACCUCGAGCGUGAGGAACAGAAACGAGUAGAACGAACUGCCAAGCAACGUCUCCAGGCUCUUAAGGCAAACGACGAGGAAACGUAUAUGAAACUGCUUGGUCAGGCCAAAGAUUCCCGUAUUUCCCACUUGCUCAAGCAGACCGAUGGCUUCUUGCGGCAACUUGCUGCUUCCGUUCGUUCUCAGCAGCGCAUGACUGCAGAACGUUAUGGAGACGAAGACCAAAUUGAGACCGAUGAGGAUAUAGGUGACUCUGACGAAGAGGAAGAGAGCCGAAAGGUUGACUACUACGCCGUCGCCCAUCGUAUCAAGGAAGAAGUCACUAUCCAACCGAGCAUUCUUGUUGGUGGUACCCUCAAGGAAUACCAGCUCCGUGGUCUAACCUGGAUGAUCUCCCUCUACAACAACAACCUUAACGGUAUCUUGGCCGAUGAGAUGGGUCUCGGUAAAACUAUCCAGACCAUCAGUUUAAUCACCUACCUUAUCGAAACCAAGAAGCAAAACGGCCCAUACCUCGUCAUCGUUCCCCUGAGUACCCUGACCAACUGGAAUCUCGAAUUCGAGAAAUGGGCCCCGUCUAUCACUCGUAUUGUCUACAAGGGUCCGCAAGUAACUCGAAAACAGCACCAGCAGGCCAUUCGAUGGGGUAACUUCCAGGUGCUUCUCACAACAUAUGAAUUUAUUAUCAAGGACCGCCCUAUUCUCAGCAAAGUCAAGUGGCUACACAUGAUUGUUGAUGAAGGUCACCGUAUGAAGAAUGCGGGAUCGAAGCUGAGUUUCACCCUUACCAACUACUACCAGUCCAGAUACCGUUUGAUUUUGACCGGAACUCCGCUGCAAAAUAACCUUCCUGAGCUCUGGGCUCUGCUCAACUUCGCCCUCCCCAACAUCUUCAAGUCCGUCAAAUCGUUCGAUGAAUGGUUCAAUACCCCGUUCGCGAAUACAGGCAGUCAAGACCGUAUGGAGCUUACAGAAGAAGAACAGUUGCUCGUCAUUCGUCGCCUUCACAAAGUUCUUCGUCCAUUCUUGCUCCGUCGUCUCAAGAAGGAUGUCGAGAAAGAUCUUCCCGAGAAGCAAGAACGUGUCAUCAGAUGCAGAUUCUCUGCCCUCCAAGCCAAGCUGUAUAAGCAGCUUGUCACUCACAACAAACUUGCUGUCAGUGACGGAAAGGGUGGAAAGACUCCUGUGCGUGGUCUGAGUAAUAUGCUCAUGCAACUGCGUAAGCUCUGUAACCACCCGUUCGUCUUUGACUCGGUAGAAGAAGAGUUGAAUCCCGGCAAGGCUACAAACGAUCUUAUUUGGCGUACUGCUGGUAAAUUCGAACUGCUCGACCGAAUCCUUCCUAAAUUCUUUGCUUCGGGCCAUCGUGUCCUCAUGUUCUUCCAGAUGACACAGAUCAUGAAUAUCAUGGAAGACUUCAUGCGGUUCCGUGGCAUGAAGUAUCUCCGGCUGGAUGGUGCAACAAAAUCAGACGACCGAUCCGACCUACUGAGACGCUUCAACGAACCCGGAUCAGAGUAUUUCUGUUUCCUCCUCUCUACCCGUGCCGGUGGUCUGGGUCUAAACUUGCAAACCGCCGAUACCGUCAUCAUAUACGACUCCGAUUGGAACCCUCACCAGGAUCUGCAGGCUCAAGAUCGUGCUCACAGAAUCGGUCAGAAGAACGAAGUCCGUAUUCUCCGACUGAUCAGUUCCAACUCCGUUGAAGAACGAAUCCUCGAGCGUGCCCAGUUCAAGCUCGAUAUGGACGGCAAGGUUAUCCAGGCCGGUAAAUUCGACAAUAAGUCUACCAACGAGGAACGAGACGCUCUGCUGCGUACUCUGCUUGAAACCGCCGAGAACGCAGACCAAAUUAACGACCAGGAUGAGAUGGAUGAUGAUGACCUGAACGAAAUCAUGGCCCGAUCUGAGACCGAGUUUGCCCUUUUCCAGAAGAUUGACGCGGAGCGUCAGAAGACUUGCGAGUACGGCCCGGGACACAAGUUGCCUCGUCUCCUUGGUGAAGAUGAGUUGCCGGACAUCUAUCUGACCGAAGAGAACCCCACAGCUCCCGCGGUUGAAGAAGUUGCUGGUCGUGGUGCUCGUGAGCGCAAGAACGUAAAAUAUGACGAUGGCCUGACAGAAGAGCAAUGGCUAACGGCUGUUGACGGCGAUGAAGAAACGCUUGAAGAGACAAUUGCAAAGAACGAUGCCAGGAUGGAACGGCUCCGUGCCAACCGUGAGAAGCGCCAGAGAAAAGCACAGGGUCUGGACUCUUCUCCUGAACCAUCCAGAGAGACAUCCGCCACGCCACAGCAGAAGAAACGCCGCAAGGGACCAGUCCCUAAACGCAAGGCCGAUGAGCCAAUUGAAGAUGCCCCUGCCAAGCGCAAGAAAGGCAAAGCCAACAAGGCCGCGGACUCACUCACAAACACCGAACGAGCCACACUGCAGCGAAUACUCAACAGCGUCUAUCAGACUCUCAUGGACCUUGUGGAGGACGUUCCUGCCGAUUCCGAGGACAGUGAUGAGGAACCCAUGACUCGUUCUGUCAUCGAACCGUUCAUGAAGCCACCGCCUAAGUCACAAUAUCCAGACUAUUACAUGAUCAUCCAGACGCCCAUCGCCAUGGACAUGAUCAAGCGGAAAAUCAAUCGUGAAGAAUACUCUAAUCUCAAGGAGUUCCGCGAGGACAUUCGUCUUCUCUGCACCAAUGCCCGAACAUACAAUGAAGACGGAAGCUUACUCUUCCAAGACGCCAAUAACAUUGAGGCCACCUGUACCGCCGAAUUAAGAAAAGAGACUGAAAAGCACCCUGAAUUUGCCGACUUUGAUGACUCCGGUUCAUCCGUGGGAGAUGAAUGA